UCGGUGUGUCUGUCCGGAAGUCUCCUUCAUUCUGCAGUAGGUAUAUUUGUAGUAAAAUGUUGGCUUGUUACGGCUCUUUGGAAGUGUUCUACCGUGUUGGAUUAAAGGGUGUAACCACGGAAACGACGCAGGGUAACUACGGGAGGGAACACGUGCAGGUAGCGGGAGCCCCCGAGGCUUUCUGACGGCUGGAGCUACACCGAGACAAGUGACCGAAACUCCGCCGGGGACACCUGCCCGCCCCCGGGAUACACCUGCCAGCCGGCCCGCGCGCUCUACAUACCGGGGCAUGCGGACUAACUAACAGCUGACCGGUGUCUCUGCUCCUUUACACGAAGAAACUUCCCAAUAAAAAGGAUUCUAAUGGAUUUGUAAGGACACCGUUUGUUCUUUUGGGAUCAUGUCGGUGAACGAGCUGUACACAAAGUACACCCGGGUGUGGAUCCCCGACCCAGAGGAUGUGUGGAAGGCUGCGGAGAUCGUCAAAGAUUAUAAAGAAGGAGAGCCGGUGCUACACCUCAAACUGGAAGAUGAAACGCCUCUGGACUACCCUGUGGGUCCGAAGGCGAACCCUCUUCCUUUCCUGCGUAACCCGGACAUUCUGGUGGGAGAAAACGACCUCACUGCUCUCAGUUACCUUCAUGAACCGGCGGUGCUGCACAACCUGAAGGUCCGCUUCCUGGAGCCCAACCACAUCUACACCUACUGCGGGAUUGUGCUGGUGGCCAUCAACCCGUAUGACCAGCUGCAUAUUUAUGGCGAGGAGGUGAUCCGGGCGUACAGCGGCCAGAACAUGGGCGACAUGGACCCACACAUCUUCGCUGUGGCUGAGGAGGCAUACAAGCAGAUGGCCAGGGACGAGAGAAAUCAGUCGAUCAUCGUGAGCGGAGAAUCCGGCGCAGGAAAGACGGUUUCUGCAAAGUACGCUAUGCGUUUCUUUGCCACGGUGGGCGGCUCGGCCAACGACACUAACGUGGAGGAGAAAGUGCUCGCCUCCAGUCCCAUCAUGGAGGCUAUUGGAAACGCUAAAACCACGCGGAACGACAACAGCAGUCGCUUUGGGAAGUACAUUCAGAUCGGCUUCAGCAAACAUUACAACAUCAUCGGAGCCAACAUGAGGACGUACCUGCUGGAGAAGUCUCGCGUCGUUUUCCAGGCUGAAGACGAGAGGAACUAUCACAUCUUCUACCAGCUGUGUGCCUCGGCCAGUUUACCCGAGUUCAAAGACCUCGGCCUCACUAGCGCAGAAGACUUCACGUUCACGUCUCUGGGACAGAACAUCUUCAUCGAGGGAGUGGACGAUGCUGAAGACUUUGAGAAGACCAGAGAGGCCUUCACGCUGCUCGGGAUAAAGGACGUGAGUCAGAGCAGCAUCUUUAAAGUGGUGGCCUCCAUUCUCCAUCUGGGAAACAUCGAGAUCUCCUCGGAGCGAGACGGAGAGUCCUGUCGCGUCUCGAGAGACGACGUCCACCUGCAGCACUUCUGCCGGCUGCUGGGCGUGGAGCUGCAGCAGAUGGAGCACUGGCUCUGCCACAGGAAGCUGGUGACCUCGUCGGAGACGUACGUGAAGAACAUGUCCAGCCAACAGGCGGCCAACGCCCGCGACGCGCUCGCCAAACACAUCUACGCUCGCAUGUUUGACUGGAUCGUGGAGCACAUCAACAAUAUGCUGCAGACCUCGUCUAAACAGCACUCCUUCAUCGGAGUCCUCGACAUCUACGGCUUUGAGACGUUCGAGAUCAACAGUUUUGAGCAGUUCUGCAUCAACUACGCCAACGAGAAACUUCAGCAGCAGUUUAACUCUCAUGUGUUUAAGCUGGAGCAGGCGGAGUACAUAAAGGAGCAGAUCCCCUGGACUCUGAUCGAUUUCUACGACAACCAGCCGUGCAUCGACCUGAUCGAGGCCCGGCUCGGCAUCCUGGACCUGCUGGAUGAAGAGUGUAAAGUGCCGAAGGGGACGGAUCAGAACUGGGCCCAGAAGCUCUACAAGCAGAACUCGAGCAGCGCUCACUUCCAGAAACCUCGCAUGUCCAACACCUCCUUCAUCAUCAUCCACUUUGCUGACAAGGUGGAGUACCAGUGUGAAGGCUUCCUGGAGAAGAACAGAGACACCGUGUACGAGGAGCAGAUCAACAUCCUGAAGGCCAGCCAGUUCCAGCUGGUAGCAGAUCUGUUCAGUGACAAGAGCGACGUCGCCCCCCCACCAAAGUCCUCCAGAGUCAACGUCCGAUCAGCGAAGCCGACUCCCAAAGCUCCCAACAAGGAGCACCGCAAGACCGUGGGCCACCAGUUCCGCAGCUCUCUGCAGCUCCUGAUGGAGACUCUGAAUGCCACGACUCCUCACUACGUCCGCUGCAUCAAACCCAACGACAACAAGGAGGCUUUCUCGUUUGACUCGCGGCGAGCGGUGCAGCAGCUGCGAGCCUGCGGCGUCCUGGAGACGAUCCGGAUCAGCGCCGCUGGCUACCCGUCCAGGUGGACGUACCCAGACUUCUUCAACCGGUACCGAGUUCUGCUGAAGAAGUCAGACAUGACGUUAGCUGAUAAGAAGCUGGUGUGCAAGAACCUGCUGGAGACACUCAUCAAGGAGGCUGACAUGUUCCAGUUUGGGCGGACUAAGAUCUUCUUCCGGGCGGGCCAGGUGGCCUACCUGGAGAAGCUGCGUGCGGACCGGUUCCGCUCGGCCUGCAUCCAGAUCCAGAAGACGGUGCGCGGCUGGCUGGCGAGGGUUCGAUACCGCAAGAUCAGAAGAUCUGCCGUCACGCUGCAGCGAUACGGCCGCGGAUUCCUCGCUCGCAGACUGGCUGAGUUCUUGCGUCUGAGCCGCGCGGCGCUCGUCUGUCAGAAGCAGUACCGCAUGGCGAGAGACAGACGGGUCUAUCUGAGGGUGAGACGGGCAGUCGUCACCAUCCAGGCCUUCACCAGAGGGAUGUUCACCCGCAGGAUCUACCGGGAGUUCCUGCUGCACCACAAAGCGAUGAUCAUCCAGCGGAGCGUGCGCGGCUGGCUGCAGCGCAGGAAGUUCAGGCGGGCGCGCGACGCCGCCAUCACCAUCCAGUGUGGGUUCAGGCGCGUGCGAGCCAAGCGGGAGCUGAAGCAGCUGAAGAUAGAAGCUCGCUCCGCCGAACAUCUGAAGAAACUCAACAGCGGCAUGGAGAACAAAAUCGUCCAGCUGCAGAGGAAGAUGGACGACCAGUCCCAGGAGUUCCGGGCUCAGAGGGACCAGCUGGCGGUGGUGAACGUCUCUCUGGGCACGGAGGUGAAGCUGCUGCAGAAACAGCUGGAGCAGGUCCGUCAGCAGGGAGGAGCCAAUCAGAUCGCCUCGCUGCAGGAAGAGCUGGCGAAGCUGCAAGAAGAUCUGCAGGGCGCCGCCGCCGACAGGAAGAGACUGGAAGAGGAGCACGGCGCCGAGAAGACGGGGCUGCAACUGAGGGUGGAGGAGCUGGAGAGAGAGAACUCUCUGCUGAAGAGUGAAAAAGAAGAGAUGAACCAGAAGAUCCUGCAGCUCACCAACACUACGCAAGUAGACGGCAGCGAUGCGUCUGAGCGUGAGGCGUCUCUGCAGGCGGAGCUGGACGGAGAGCGCCAGCGCUACCAGAACCUGCUGAAAGAGUUCUCCAGACUGGAGCAGAGAUACGAGAACCUGAAGGAGGAAAUGUCGCUGAGCAAGUUCCAGCCGGGCCACCGGAGGAACCCGUCCAAUCAGAGCAGCCUGGAGUCUGACUCCAACUACACGUCCAUCUCCAUGUCCGAGGUCGGAGACACCGAAGACGCCAUCCAGCAGCUGGAGGAUCUGGGCAUGGAGAAGGCAGCGAUGGACAUCAGUCUGUUCAUGAAGCUGCAGAAGAGAGUGAGAGAGCUGGAGACGGAGAGGAAGAGGCUGCAGGCCAACGUGGACAAGAUGGAGGAGCUCGCCAAACGCACUGACACACUGCAGAGUUCUGAGCCGAGGAGUCCCAUCUCGGAGCAGGAGAACGCCGAUCUGGCCUACAACAACCUCAAGAGGCAGGAGCUGGAGUCGGAGAACAAGAAGCUGAAGAACGACCUCAACGAUCUGAGGAAAGGCAUCGCUGAGCGAGCGUCGCGGAACGAUUCGUCCAACGAGCUGCAGGACAGCUACAACCUGCUGCUGAGUCAGCUGAAAUCAGCCAAUGAGGAGCUGGACGCUCGCAAAGAGGAAGUCCUGAUUCUGAGGACUCAGAUCGUCAGCGCCGCCCAGCUCCGAGAGAACAACCAGCGCAUCGAGGAGAAUAAAGUUCCCGAACUCAACAACAGCAGCGAGCCGGUGGACAAAGACGAGGCUCUGAAAGCCUAUCACGGACUCUGCGAGUCCAAGAAGCUGCUGGAGGCCCAGCUCCAGAGCCAGCAGCGGCAGCAUCAAGACGAGCUGGAAGCUCUCCACACUCAGAUCGAGCUGCAGAGAGACGACAUCGAGAAGAAGACGGAGCUGCUCAACUACACGGCAGGCCUGUCUCCUGAGGCUCAGGUGGAGUUCAGCAUCGGCCAGGAGAUCACACGCCUCACCAACGACAACCUGGACCUAAAGGAGAUGGUGGAGAAGCUGGAGAAGAACGAGAGGAAGCUGAAGAAGCAGCUCAGGAUCUACAUGAAGAAAGUCCAGGAGUUUGAAGCAUCUCAGGCUGUGGUUGAGUCCAGCAGGUCUCGUCCUGAGUUGACCCGGCAGGUGACGGUCCAGAGGAAGGAGAAGGACUUUGAGGGGAUGCUGGAGUACCACAAGGAGGACGAGGCGCUGCUGAUCAAAAGCCUGGUCACAGACAUCCGGCCCAGCGUGGUGUCGGCCACCGUUCCCUGUCUGCCCGCCUACAUUCUCUUCAUGUGCAUCCGCCACGCCGACUACAUCAACGACGACAGCAAGGUGGAGUCUCUGCUCACCGCCACCAUCAACGCCGUCAAGAAAGUCCUCAAGAAAAACAAUGAAGACUUUGAGAUGACAUCCUUCUGGCUGGCCAACACCAGCCGGCUGCUGCACUGUCUGAAGCAGUACAGUGGAGACGAGGCGUUCAUGACGCAGAACACGAGCAAACAGAACGAACACUGUCUGAAGAACUUCGACCUGGCCGAGUACCGGCAGGUGCUGAGCGACCUCUCCAUCCAGAUCUACCAGCAGCUCAUCAAAGUGGCCGAAGCAACCAUCCAGCCCAUGAUCGUGUCGGCCAUGUUGGAGAGCGAGAGCAUCCCCAGCCUGGCGGGGGUGAAGCCGAUGGGCUACCGCCACCGUUCGUCCAGCAUGGACACGGACGCCGGCGGCCCCGCCAGCUACACGCUGCAGGCGCUGAUCCGCCAGCUGGGCCAGUUCCACGCCGUGAUGCAGGAGCACGGCCUGGACCCCGAGAUCACGGGCCAGGUGGUCCGCCAGCUGUUCCACUGCAUCAACGCCGUCACGCUCAACAACCUGCUGCUGCGCAAAGACGUGUGCUCCUGGAGCACUGGCAUGCAGCUACGGUACAACACGAGUCAGAUGGAGGAGUGGCUGCGAGCCAACAACUUGUACCAGAGCAAAGCCGCGGCGACGCUGGAGCCCGUCAUCCAGGCGGCGCAGCUGCUGCAGGUCAAGAAGAAGACCACGCAGGACGCCGAGGCCAUCUGCUCGCUGUGCUCCGCGCUCAGCACGCAGCAGAUUGUGAAGAUCCUGAACCUUUACACUCCUCUGAACGAGUUUGAAGAAAGAGUGACCGUGUCCUUCAUCAGAAACAUCCAGAACCGUCCCCAGCAGAGAAGCGAUCCUCCACAGCUGCUGAUGGACACCAAGCACACGUUCCCGGUCCUGUUCCCUUACACACCGUCGGCCCUGAGCCUGGAGACGCUGCACAUCCCCGCCUCGCUCUGCCUCGACUUCCUCAACAGAGUCUGACGUCUCCGAGAGCAACCGCCGGGGACCGAGACAGCCACCACGCGCACAGCUGGACAGGAAACGGAGCUUUGAACCAGCCGACGGACAGCCAUUUCUACUACAGCCCUGCUCCUUCUGUCACCGGCUGCUCCUCCGGUCCCCACUGGGACACUGUGACACUAACAGGAAGUGCAGACAGACCUAAGUGAAAGAAGGAACAGGAAAGUGCCCCCCCCCCAGCAGGAAGAAGGUCAGUGAGAAGUUUCAGAAAGCUCAGGAAGGAUGCAGAGAAAAGAGCCUCCAUACUUUCAUGAUCCACCAAUCAGAACCAGAUUCACAACCCCGCACGAUGAGACGGGAGUUUUCUGUCCACAGACAAACACCACAGGACUCGGAAACACAUCAACUAACCAAUAAUCACUUUAAUUUACUUUUUCAGCCGCUUGCUGUUCAUAUAAAUGUCUUAAUGUACAGUUUACGCUAGUGCUUCCCCCUCGGGAACACACAGUACAACAUAACAACUCUCAAAUCCACAUCAUCCACUCUUCUAGAGCCGGGCCAUAUGGAAAAAAAUCAAAUAUCACGACAUUUUUGCCAAAAUACCUCAAUGUCGAUAUUGUGGCACCGAUACUGUAAUGUGUAGUGUGACUAUUGGUGCUUUCACAAAAUAUUAACACAAUGAGUUUUGAUAAAUAAUCACCAAUA